UAUAAACCUAAGGGUUUACUGGAGGCGGCCGAGUUAGGGUUUAGCUCCCUCUUUCGUCGGCUGCGGCGCGUCCUCUCUCGGCAAAGCGCGAGGUAGAGAGCCGCCACAAUGUCUGCGCGCAAGAAGAUCCAGAAGGAGGAGGGCCAGGAGCCGGAUGCUUUCGAGCUCACGGUUGCGCAGGCGCUAUCAGAGCUUGAGGGCGCUAAUCAGGAGCUCCGAGGCGACUUGCGCGACCUCUCUAUCAAUUCAGCAAAGGAAAUUGACGUGUCCAGCAAUCGCAAGGCGGUCGUGAUCCACGUACCUUACCGCUUGAGAAAGGCGUAUCAGAAGAUCCAACCCAGACUGGUGCGUGAGCUCGAGAAGAAAUUCAGUGGCAAGGACGUGAUCUUGAUCGCAACCAGGCGCAUCUUGAGGCCGCCGAGGAAGGGCGCCGCCGUCUCCAGACCAAGGAGCCGGACCCUCACUGCCGUGCACGACGCCAUUCUCGAAGACCUGGUUUACCCCACGGAAAUUGUUGGCAAGCGCAUCCGGUACCGCUUGGAUGGCUCCAGAGUGUUGAAGGUCUACCUUGACCCCAAGGAACGCAACAGCACCGAGUACAAGUUGGAGACGUACUCGGGUGUCUACAAGAAGCUGACUGGCAAGGAUGUGGCAUUUGAGUUUCCCGUGCAAGAAACGGCCUAGAACUCGUAAUGGAGCAUUUCGUUUUCUUGCUCUUGAGGGUUGGAGUGACGCAAAAAUUUUGACUUGUUUUUAAAGUGGGGUUGAAUUCCAGUUCCAGGCCGGUUGAGGGCUCGUCGAAUACACACGACUCGGUUCUUUGGUGUGUAC